UCUCUCUCUCUCUCUCUCUCUGUGUCUCUCUCUCACACACGCUGGGUUCAACGGGAAGACAAUCAGCGGUGCUGUUAGCGUUUGCUAGUAGCAAAAAUAUCAAUAUAUCGCCUUUUAACUGGAUCGAUUACCUCCACCAAGCAACACAGAGGCUGACGCUAACGUUACACCGGUGUUGCAGGUGGUGAUUCUACAACUGCAGCAUGCAGCCAAUUGAGGCACACAAUGGAUUUUCUACCAAAAGCAAGCUGUACGAUUCCCUGAAGGUGUAUCUGAACAACAAGGACAGGCUACAACCCAUCAUUGGCUUGGGUAGUAUUAUAGAAUGUGUGAAGGCGGGUGCAAACUACAGAGAAGCAUUGUACCUGUGUGAGGUGUGUGCGUGUCGACUCAGUAAAGCUGACAUACGGAACCACAUUAUGGGAAGCCUCCACAGAUACAACUACAUUAAAGCGUGGCACCCCCACUUAGUAUCUGAAUGGAAGGAGAACACUGACCUAUCUAAGCUGGCUUGGCCACUGAUGGAGAAAGCCAAGAUACUUGAGGGGAAAGAGGGACCAGGAGAUGUCCAGUUGUUAGAGGUUGAAGACACUAUAUACCAGAAGAUGGCUACAUGCAGUGAGAAUGACGCAGCAACUCUGAUAAAUAUCUUAAGCCAUGGGCAGGGUGAACCUGAGAGCCAUUCAGAGGCUACGUCAGUGCAGCUGGAGCACAACCCCAUCCAAUCGCAUAGAAUUGUAUUGCUUGCCAAGAACCAACAGAAACACUCUCAGACCUCAGCAGAGACAAACAAGGCUCCAUCUCUGAUACAGUCGACUGUGGCUCCUUCUGUCACAUCAGAAGGCUGGGUAAACAACAUGUCACUGUUGGACAACUCUCAGAUGUUACCCGAAACGUCUGUGCUAUCAGACAACAACAAAAGCUUUCUCGAUGGCUACAUGGGAACCAAGCCUCUUAUUGGUCUUUUCCGUGUGGUUGAGUGUAGAAGUGAAGAUGGCCACACAUACUGUUUCUUAUGUCACUGCUGCCGCGUCAGAUCCAACAAAAAGGACAUCAUUGAUCACCUAACCAGCUCUUCCCAUCUUGUGAACUACUUGAUGGAAACUCAUCCUGAGCAAAUGGAGGUAUUGAUGGCAGAUGUUAAUGACAACUAUCAGCUUCUCCAAUCACUGGCCAAGAAAGUGGAGCAAGAAGAGGACAGAGGAGAGCUGAAGGUCGUAAACGCACCAGAAUCACUCUGUAUCCUACUGACCGGCAAAAGUUACCACUGGUGCGUAAAGAUGCUGUGUAACGGAUGGACACACACAAACAUCCACAAGAGGAAAAUAGCUGUCAAAGUGCCCAGUGUGACAAAUCAAAGAAUGCCAGAGAAGUGCGCCGCCGUGCUGUCGGAACGUACCAAAAGGAUGACAACAAAGAGGAAGAUGAGGAAAAUGAGGAAAAUGAGUAAUACUGUGUUCAAGGUAAGCCUGCCUAUUAACAAAGGUUCAGUGCUGCUGGAGAGGACGUCUUUCAGUGUGGACAGCCUCCCUGUGUCAUCUGCGUACUCGCCUCCACCCGAAGAUGACGUCAUUCCCUCGCCAGAGUCUCAGUCGGAGGACUGUGAGUUGGACUGUGGCACUGGAUCCUUAGCAGUUAACGACGCUGAACACACUUCUCCUGUUCCGCAAGACCAAUACAGUGUAGAUGAAGAUGCAGACGCUGGUCAGUACAUGGGAUCAGAAAGAAACUUUGACAAUCAUUAUCAAGAGAUGGAUGGUAAUUUCAGUCACAAUGAGUACCUCAACCAACCUGAAACAGAAGACCCAAGGCUUUAUGGGGAAAAUAAUUACAACGGUUCAGAAUUCUGGGCAUUUUAUAACUCUUUCUAUGGAUGUGAGGAAGGUUGCACUGAGCAGUGGUACAAUUCAUCUUCACAGAGUAAAGUUGGCACAGGCGUGGAUGUGCCAAGAGAGGAGGGACAGAAGGAGAUGAGUUCAGGUGCUACUCAGAAUGAUUACCAACAACAGCCCCAAGAUCAGUACACGGCACAAGAUCAUGCUAGUCUUCUGACAGGCACCGUGGGGCAGCAUGGUUUUUCUGGAGAAUCUGCUCAUGUAGAUGUUGCUUGGAUCAACAUGCAUCCUCACUUGGGAUACUCCAUUGCUCACAGUGGUAACAUUACUCCUGGAGUACAGUUUCCUAAGGUUCAACAGAGACAGUGGCCAACAUACAUGGGGUUCAUUCCAUUCCCUUCCACUGGCCAUGUCCAGACAGCUCCACAAAGAUAUAUGACGCAACCCACGGCCCAUCAAGCCAUUCAAGUAGGCCAUGGAGUAAUGUCUAACCCCAACUGCAAUACUGGACCUACACCAACCCCUGAGCAGCACUUUCCUCAUCCCUCUGUGAUAUGGAACCCACGUUGAUCCUGUUUUCUGCUGGUUUAUCAUGUUUGAUGGACUUUAGAUGAAACAACUUCAUUUAUGUUUGCAAAGCCCAAUUCUAAUUCUACAUUUUGCUGCAGCUCACUGAGACCACAUUUCUACCCAGCUGACUUAGCAUGGGUUCUAACUGUGCCGUGGCAUUUUUAUUAUGUUAUUCUAAAAUCAAUUUUUUGUCAGAAAUGGGAAUCUCCUAAUGGAAAGGUUUUUUUUGUUGUUGCCUGUAAUGAUAUAACCUUCAGAGCCUCUGAGAUGAGUAUUUGGCUUUGUCCCAUUAGACUUUCAUUUUCAGAAUUAUUUUAUGUCAUAUCUUUUAUAUAAAACUGACUUUGUACCUUCAUUCACACAAAUCUAAAAACGGCUGCACUUGGACAUAGAGGUGUAUAUAGUGUAGUGUUACAUAAAAACAACAGCUAGUGCUGAUAAUUGUAAGUCUCAAUCUAUGCAAGCAGAAUUGGGGAUAAUGAGAUAAUUAAAAGUUAAAUGUACAGUACUAGAAUAUAUUCAUAUAUUUCAAGGUUUUAUAUGCAUCCCAGUUAGGGUGCGAAACUCCCAGUAAUAUUAAGCACCUGACUUUCUAUAGCAGCUGGAUGUUUUUCAGUGUUUUAUAAAUUGUAUUGGUUCAACAACAGAUACAUUAUACAUUUCAAAUCAUAUUGAGGGUGUGGCCUGCAGUUGUCACCAUGCUGAAUUGCUAACACCUACAUUUUCUCUUUCUAUUGGACCAUUAUGUUGUAUACAAACUGUGCCUGAAUAACUCUAAACAAGAAACUUUAAAAGUCAUUUCAAUAUGUGAUGGGUCAGUUAAGGUUUGUGUUUGAGUAGUCUUUUGAGAAGAAAGUUGAUGGUUUGAAACAAGGUCAAAUGAUUUGCUAAUUGAAUUGAAUAUAGCACUGCUGUGGAUACUGUUGUGCACCACUGAGUAUGGGGAUGUGUGACAAUAUCAAUUUAUUUGUUUCUUUGGAGAUUAAAGAGGAGAGUGAGGUGAAAGGGCUGUAAUCUGCAACUACGCCAUUAGAUGUCACUAAAUCUCAAACACUGAUCCUUUGAUGGAGUUGCUGGUAGUACAGUUUUGACCGCAGGACUUUUACUUGACCAUUUUGACACUGUGAUAUUGUUACGUUUUACUUAAUGUAAGUAAAGGAUCUGAGUAUUUCUUCUA